CUGGCGAAGUGGUGCGUUUUUUUCUUUUUUGUCCAGCUUAUACACUCCCAUCUUGGGGGUCAGAUAUAAUCUGCUUUGAUCCUAUAUAAAUUGUCUGCUUUGCACUCACCAUGAGGGUUGUGGGUUUUUCAGAUUAUUGCCAGUUGCUUCAAUCCACAACACUGCUGCUACUCUUCCUUGCUUUGAAAAAUGACAGUUUCUGAAACAAUUAACAGCUACUCUGACGUCCCCGUUGAUGUCGACGCUGGUGUCUUAAGACAAAAAUUCAUUCCUGAUAUCGAUGUGGAAAAAGUCGAUGCCAAAUACAAUGUGCGUCCUUUUCCAAAUGCUGGAAAGACAAAGGAAAAUUUGAAAAUAUUAACCUUGGAUUCCUUGGACUUUAGCAAAUAUCAAGAUGGUCCUGAGGGUUUGCAAUCAAGAUUAGAAUUAGCUGCUAAGUUGGAGAAGGCUAUCACCACCAUCGGCUUCUUCAACAUAAUCAAUUUUGGUUUCUCGGAUGCUGAGUAUGAUCGUCUUGCUUCUAUUUCACAGGCCAUUUUGGAACUACCUCAAGAAGACAAAUUGAAAUAUAGAUCUGGCGCUUUAAGAUCCGAUGAGGAAGACCGUUCUAGAUCUUUGGGUGCUGAAAGAGGUUUCGGUUUCAAACCAAAGGGUUACUGGAAUAUUAAUGCAAAGGUUAGAGAUAACAUUGAAUUUUACAAUAUCAAAGAUGUGGUUCACGACAGCCAGUUAUUUGAUGAAAAAAAGAACUAUCCAGAAAUUGCUAAGGCUCAUUUGCCCGAAAUUGGAAACUAUUAUCGUUUCUUGCAUUUCAAUGUUUUGAGAAAACUUUGCACUCUUUGUGAUAUCAUCUUAAAAUUGCCCGAAGGAACCCUAUGGGAAACUCAUUUCAAAGUCUAUAAAGAUGAUCUUGUAAAUUCUGGUGGCGGAUGGGCAAGACUAAUGAUUUACCAUGGCUUAAAACCCGAUGAAUACAAACUAACUAAUAACACCCAACUAAGAGGCCAUUCUGAUAGUCCAGGUUUUACUUUCAUCAAAGGUUUUGCUGAAAUCUUUGGUUUGCAAAUUAGAGAUUACUACAGCGGUGAAUGGAUCUACGUUCAACCAAUCAAGGAAGCCCUAUGUGUUAACGUCGGUGAUGCAAUGGAAUUCAUCACUGGUGGCUACUUCAAAUCCUCAAUCCACAGAGUUGUUGCUCCACCUGAUGAUCAAAAAGGCUUCAAAAGAAUGAUGGCUAUUUAUUUCUGCGAUCCUGCUUUUUCUUCCGUUUUAGAUCCAGAGCAUUUGCAAUCUCCUAAACUAAACGAAUUGAACAUUACAAAACCAGAUGAGUGGGAAAGAAUAACUCACGAUGUUUGGUCAAAUGAAAAAGGAAGAUUGUUUGGUCAAAAGAAAGUUAACAGCGUCCAAGGUGAUGAGCCAAGAGCUGUUAAAAUGUUUGGUAGAUUAGCAGAAAGAUGGCAUCAAGUCGAUCUUCAACAACAAAUCAAAAUCUAAUUUAAAUUCAAACCAACCUCCACACAUGCUGUUUUUUACAUUUGAUAUACAUAUAUAUAUUCUUUACUUCUAAAUAUUCUUUUCCUCUAUAUUCAUUCUUACUUUUUUUUUUAUUCACUCUAUGACCCGCUUAAUAAAAUGUU